AUGGCUGAUCCACAUCAGAAUUUCGAGAAAGAUAUUGAUCGAUUCGAUGAUAUUUUCCAUCAAUAUGGCGAUGACAUGGAUGAAGAUAAAGAUAUAAAUGUUGAUUUUGAUAACCUUUAUACAAUUUUUGGCAAAGAUAAUAAUAAUGACGACGAAAAUAAAUUGGAAAUAGAAUUAUUAAAUGAUACCAAGAACAUUUUAGUUGAUCCAACAGUUGAAGAAGAGGAACAUUUAUCUCAAAAAUUAAGCCAAUUAUCAGCUAUUGAUAAAGAGCAAGAAGAUAUUGAUAAAUCCAAACGAUCAACCAUCAAGAAACGACCAACUUUAACACCAAGUACAACAACAGAUAACAUAUCAAAAAAAAUGAAACAAAAUGAAGAAGAACAAUUAAAUAGUAUAGUGCCAAGAUAUUUAUCAAGUAAUAAUCAAGCUUUUGAACAAAUGAUCAAUCCUGUACUUCAAAAGACAAGAAGUUCUAUCAGUAUUGAAUAUUUACGAGAGAUUGCUCUUCUUAUUCAUCAACUUGCAUGCAUCGAUCUGGACAGAUUACUAUGGAGUCAAUAUUUACGUUCUGAGAAUAAUACUCAACGAAUACAACCUCAUAUCAAUGCAUUUAAGAUUGAUUUACAUGUAUUACGAACAAUCAUUAAUGAUUACCAUACCAUGCUUGAUAAUUUAAUUCAGAAUUCUAUCAAUGCAAUACAUAUGACCGAUGAUAUUCGUCAUGAUCAUUUAAAAAUUGAUCGAAUAUUAACAAGUUGGUAUGAUCUAAUUAGUUUGUGUCUUAUCAGUAUAUGUAUUGGAUUUAUCAUUUAUAUAUGGAUAUCAAAUGUCGACUUCAAUCGAUUUAAUUUUUGCUUAUUAAAAUGUCCAAAACAUUUCAUUUUUCAUCUUGGCAAACAACAACUCUCACAUCAAGAUCUAGUCAAAACUCAAUCAAUUGAUCAAAAUAAAGAACUUUCUCCAUCAUCAAUGACAUCGAUUCCAGAUGAUAGUGUUUCGUUCAACAUUGAAUAUUAA